AAGAAUCGGUGUGUGGCUUCAGACGAUGCGGCUGUACCGCGGGUUCAUCAUAACUGCGAAGUCAGUCGUCGAGGCAGCAUGCGGCAGCGAUCUGGUGCAUAAACACUGACUCCGUGCAACAUUGUGAUCGUGUACCGUGUGUGUGUGUUGUGUGAUGUCCUUGGCGAAAGUGUAUCUCGUAAUGAUAUACAGUGAUCAAAAUCAACUACUUGUGUGUACAGUAAUUUAGACUGGUAAAAAAAAUCCUCCAACGGAAAUAGCAAAAUAUUGUGUACAGUGUGUUGUGUGUUACUCGUCUAUAAGCAGUUUUUGGUCGUGUACAGAGGAAAAAAAAUACUCGACCUAAUUAGUGCACAUCUGUGAGUGCUUGUGAUUAUUAGGAGGGGUUUAAAACCCUCUUUGCCCGUUAUUCGGGACGGAUUCACAUGAAACUCCCCAAACGUUGAAGCUAUUCCGCUCGAGACAGCGUCACCUGGUGGCCGGUACGGAAAGCACGGCACAGCUCUGCGCCUGGCGAAGCCUGAGUCGUCCGGUGUGCGGCGGCGGAAUUCAACUUUACGAGUGGCUACCGCAGGCAGCGGGGUGCAAAGUAUUGCGAUCGUUGGAAAGAGCAACCUUCAAUCAAACUGAACACGAAAAACAAACGCCCCUGUAAAGGCGUACAUAUCAAGAGACUAGCAGCGAUUCUUUCCUGAGGUCCUGCUGAAAGUGUAAAUGUAUGCGUGCUUGUGUAUGAUUGCGUUGUGUGAGAUUGAGUUCUGGAAGAAAGUGGCUGAUGUGUGCGGCGUUGCUUAGAUAAGAGGAAGACAUAUUCAACAUUUCUAACAAUCAAAUUGAAAACAUUGCAAAAAAACUCUGAAGAGUAGUAGUCCCGUUUUGGGAAGCUCACAAUAAUCAUGGACGUUGAAAGUAGUAGCGUGGCGAGUGCUGCCCCCACGACAGCUCCCAUCGGACUUGGCACCACCGACGGUGGGUAUCUGUGUGCGGUGGUCAAAGCCGAGCGGCCGGAGGGCACAGAGUCACCGCUAAGCGCCACAGAGCACAGCGCAGCCGAUGGGAUGGCGUUAGCGGCGGCGGAAGGAGUAUCGUCAUCAUCGUCUCCGGCCGACGCGCUCGAGGUCGCCAAACAUUCCGCGGGCAGUGGCGAUGAGGAAGUCGUCGGCAACAGCAACAACAGCACGGCGGCGGCGGCGGGACUGCUGGCCGAAGGACACAGCCGCUUUCAUCAGGCCCGACAGCAGCGCCACAGUAGCAGCAGCAGCGGCGGCGGCGGCAGCGGAAGCAGCAGCAAUCGGCAGCGGGGCGAGCAUCUGCACCAGCUCACCGAUGACAUGCUGCGACGGAAGACGAUGAACAACAACAGCAGCACCGUGCCGAACAACAACAGCAGCAGCAACCGCGGAGGAGUCGGCAAGCGGUCGCUCGAAUCGACGGCGGAGAUGCUACUGCAGCAGCACCGGCGCCAGGCUGCGGCUGGCGGCUCCUCCACGGUUGGCAAGCAGCAGCAGCAGCGGCGCGCCGACGACGAGGACGAGGAAGACGCCGAGCGGACGACGCCAGCAAAGACGCCCGAGUACACCUGCCCGAUCUGUAACGCGGUGUCGCACACGCAGCGCGCCUUCACCGAUCACCUCAGGCUGCACAAUGCCGAGUCCGAGUCGGCGGCGACGGCCGUCGCGUCCGCCACCUUCUGCUGCAAGAUCUGCUCGAAGGUGCUGUCGUCGGCAUCCUCGCUCGACCGGCACGUGCUGGUGCACACGGGCGAGCGGCCGUUCAACUGCAAGUACUGCAGCCUCACGUUCACCACCAACGGGAACAUGCACCGGCACAUGCGCACCCACAAGUACCCGUCCGGGCGGGAUAGCUUCGAGAGCGAUGCGGGCGGCGUCGGCACCGUCGGCACUGGCGGCGGCGGGUCCUCGUCCGAUGGAAGCGGCGGCGGUGGACAAAAAGCUGGGCGUGGACGCGGUGGUCCGCCGGUAGGUCGUCACUAUCGCAAGAAGAAGGAGGAGGAGGAGGUGGACGAGGACGAGGACGCCGACGAGGAGGAGGACUACCGGCAGCCAAAGAAGAGGAAGCGCGCCCUGUUUGAUGCCGGCGAGCAGCAGCAGCAUGACGAGGACGAGGGCGAGUUCGAAGAGGGCGACGAGGAGCUGGUCGGUGGCGGCAAGCGGAAGGCAACGCUAGGAGGCGAGCGGACCGCGCAGCAGUAUCGCAAGGUGCGCACCAUCAACAACAACCUGCUCGAGGGCUCGGUGGUGGAGAGCGGCCAGCGCUACUGCUGUCCGGUGUGCGUGCGGAACGAUUUCGCGAGCAUGCUCAGCCUGGAGCAGCACCUCGACCGGGAGCAUCCGACCAUCCCGGCCAAGUGCCGGCACUGCGAGAUCGUGUUCCGCAGCCACAAGGCGCUGAAUGCGCACCGGUGCAGCAACAACAACUACCAGAACAUUACGCCCGGCUUCAAGGAUCUCACGUUCGUCGACUUUUCCAGCGAGAAAUUCCCGCUGAUCGCGAAGAACCUGUGCGAGCAGAGCAUCCGGACGCCGGUCACGAGCCAGAAGUACGAGUGCGGCCGCUGCUACCGAGCCUUCCCAUGCUCCAAGACGCUCUCGAUGCACUCGGCCGACUGCUGCGGAGCGGGCAGUGGAGAGCGCGGAGCCACCCACACCGGAGGGCGCCGGCGCAAGCGGGCACCGAGCGAGUCCGACUCGUCCGAUGUGUCCGGCUCGGAUGUGGGCUCGGGCUACGACGGGCGCGGCAAUCAUCGAGCCCUGGACGAGGAGCAGCAGCAGCAGCAGCAGCAGAGGCAGCAACAACACCUCGAGGGGCACCGACCCGGUCAUCAAGGACAGCAGCAGCUGCAGCAGCAGCAACACCCCGUAGACCUGCGCCGGGAGGACUUCUUCGCCAAUCUGGAUCUGCAGAACCGCUCCAGCACGGUGUCGGAAGCCCCGACGACUCCCUCCUCCCUGGACAAGUCGUUCUCGUCGCCAGUGCCAGCCCUGAAGCAGGAACCGCUCGCUUCGCCGACCGGUACCAGCGCGACCACCACCGCCCUGCCCUCAUACUACUCCUCCAACAUGGCGCUCUACCACGCGCACCAGCAGCAGCAGCAGCAGCACCAGCAGAUGGUCGACAGCGGCAAGGAUCUGGCCGACAUCCAGUCCAUCCUGAACGUGACCAAGCUGGGCGGGGGCGUCAUCGGCCGCCAGCUGGACGGGGGCAGUCAGACGCCCCUGUCCGGCCUGCUGGACGCAGCCCUGCUCAAGGACGGUGCCGGCAGCGACAGUGGCAUGUACGCCCACUCGACCGGGUCUCGCGACGAGCCGGAGGAGGCUCAGGACGCGUUCACGGCCGAGUUUCGCCGCAUGAAGCUGCGCGGUCAGUUCCCGUGCCGCAUCUGCACCGCCGUCUUCCCGAACCUGCGUGCCCUCAAGGGCCACAACCGGACGCACGUGUCGGCGGCCGGCCCGGGCCCGUACCAGUGCAACAUGUGCCGGUACGUCGUGAGCGACAAGGCGACGCUCGUGCGUCACAUGCGCACGCACAACGGCGACCGGCCGUACGAGUGUGCGAUCUGCAACUACGCCUUCACGACCAAGGCGAACUGCGAGCGGCACCUGCGCAACCGGCACGGCCAGACGACGCGCGAGGACGUGAAGCGCGCCAUCAUCUACCACCCGUCCGAGGAUUCGUCCUGUGACGAUCCGCUCAAGAAGCUGCAGCUGUUCAACACGCCACCACUCGACGGUACCUACACGCCGGGGGCGAUGCUUGCGGGCGGUGGCGGUGGUGGUGGUGCUGGCGGCGGUGCCGCCUAUCAGGACGAGCUGGCCGAGGCGCGCAGCAGCACGCCGCUGCCGUCGCAACAGCUCAAGGACAUGCUGAUGCCGCCGCUGCCGCUUAGCUUUGUGCAUCAUCAUCAUCAUCCCCUGCUUGACACCAGCCUGCUGCUGCAGACGCCCCCGAGCGGGGGUGGCGGUAACGGGGCCGGCGGUGCGUUCGGCUCAAGCGUAGCCGCCAAAAUACAGGUGAAAAGCUUGGAAAAGUUGAACCAGCUAACGCCCCCGCAGGACGAGGACGAUGCGCUCGACGAGGACGACGACGAGGGGCAAGAAGAAGAGGAGGAGGAGGAGCAGGAGCAGGAGCAGGAGCAGGAGCAGGAGCAGGAGGAGGAGGAGCACGACGGCGAGCUGUUGGAGCAAAAGCCGACACUGGUGGGCAAGAAGGCGUCGGCAGAGGACGCAGCCAUGCCGUCGCACCGUGCCGGAAAGCAGUCGGCAGUGGAGACCGCAACCGUGCACCCGCGGCCAAUCGAUCUGAGUAUGGAUGCGCUCGAUCUGAGCAAGAAAUCGACCGUCGCAGGCAAUCGCAAGGCUGCCGCCCCGACACUCUCGACCGACGGUGAGGAGGAGGACGAUGACACGAUGGCGGCCCAGCUGCACCAGCUGCGCCACCAGCAGCGCGGCCACAACGGGGUGGAGGGCGAGGCGCGCAAGCAUGCGGCCAGCGGCGGCACCAAAGCCCAGCAGCCGCUGCCGAAGGAGCCGGCCGAGCUGGACGAGGGCAGGGCGGAGCUACCCAAGCUUUCCAAGGUAAAUCUCGCCCAGCAGCAGCAACAGUUUCAGCUGUUCAACGACACGUUCGCGAAGCUCGAUCCGAUGAACUUCUUCCAGUUCUACCAGCUGUACAACUCGCUGCAGCUGCCCUCCUUCCCGCUGCACGCGUCCCCCUUCCUGCAGAACCACAUGCUGGCGGGGUCGGCGGCCGCGCUUGGCGAGCUGUUGAGCAAGGACUUUGGGCUCGGCGCAUUGCCGAACCUUGCCGCCGCGGCGGCUGUCUCGGCGGCUGCCGCCUCGACGGGCGGCAGUGGCGGCGGCGGCGGCGGCGUCGGUCGCAAUCCCCACCAUCCGCUGCUGGGGAACCCGUUCUACCCACCGCCGCUGACCGAUACGCCCCCGAACAGCGUCACCAAGUCGGGCGACUGUCUCGAGCUGGGGACGGCCGCCACCGUGCCCACGCCGAAGCAGCUGCUAACGCCUUCCUCGCCCUCGCCGCUGGCGACACCGAUCGACGGUGGUAGCGGGUCAGGCGGCAGCACCGGCCUGACCAACAAGCAGCUCUCCUCGCUGCAGCAGCAGCAGCCUCGCGGGCCCAGCGGGUCUCCCGUCUCCUCCUCUGCAGCACUGGCGGCGGCCGCAGCGGCCGCAGCUGCCAGCUUUGGCGUCUCGGCCGGUGGCGCUAGCGGCCCCGGUUCGGCCGGCGUCGGUCCAGUGAAGAUGGUGAUCAAAAAUGGCGUCCUGAUACCGAAGCAGAAGCAGCGCCGCUAUCGCACCGAGCGGCCGUUUGCGUGCGAGCACUGCUCCGCGCGGUUCACACUGCGCUCGAACAUGGAGCGGCACAUCAAGCAGCAGCAUCCGCAGUUUUGGUCCCAGCGGCAGCGUGGCGGCCAUCUGAUGCGUCGCAGUGCUGGCGGAGGUGUAGGAGGAGGAGGAGGAGCAGGAGGAGCAGGAUCCGGUAGCAACAGUAGUGCGAGCAUGGUGGCGGCUGCCAACAGCUCCGUCGGUUCGCUGGUGUCCGCCCUCCAGGGCGCUUUCGGCGGGGCAGGCAUGCACGGCGGCAACGCGGGAGGCGGCGCGGGUGCCAUCUCGGACCAGGUGAAGUAUGCCAUCCUGGCCCAGCAGUCGGGCAAGGGGUCGGGCGCUAUGCGCGGUAGCGGUGGCAGUGGCAGUGGGCAGGAUGCGAGCCACCUGAACCCACUGCUGCACAACAUGAUCGUGCAGGGUGCGGCAGGACAGUGGAAUCAGCAGCAGCAGCAGCAGCAGCAGCGGCUGACCCACCACUAUAGUCAGCAGCAGACGCCCGUCAUGUCGGCUGCCCUGGCCGGACGUCGCCUGGCUGGUGGAGCGCGCGGCGAAACCGAAGAGGACGACGAGGAGGAAGACGAUCGGGGCCAGGAGCGACCGUACGAGGGAGCCACACCGAUCGUGGGCCAACGGUACCGUCGCCGUCGCCGCCGGCUGCAGUCGCAUCUCGACCAGGACAGCGAGUUUAUGCGCCGCAGCUACGACGAGACGAACGCCUAUCGAAUGGCACUGAAGGAGGAAGAGGAGGAGGAGGAGGACGAUGAGGAGCAGACAGUAAGGCAGGAACAGCGGGAGGCACUGCUAGAGGAGGAGCAGCAGCAGCAACAGCACUACGACCAAGAGCACGAUCAAGAGGAGGAGGAAGAGGAGGAGGAGGGUGCAGCUCCAGGUGCGCUGGAAGAAGGUGACGAGGAGGACGAGGAGGAAGAUGCGCAGCUCGUGAUUGACGAGGAAGAGCGGGACGAGUGUGGGGAGAGGAAGAUGGCGAAGUUGCAGAUGCAGGAUGUGCCACCCACGCCGGCCACCUUGGAGCAAGAGCUCGGACCGACCGGCGAAAGCGUUGGUCACGAGCAGCAGCAUCACGGCAGCACCUUGAACCGCAUCCUGAAGCAGAAGCUGGAAGAGCAUCGCGCAAUCGGGGACGCUGGGGAGGCUAAUAAGGGGCAGGAACAGAAGCCGAUAGUGCCGCAGCAGCUCGCAGGCAAGUCGUCGAAGCAGCAGCAUCAAUCGUCGGCGGCUACCGGUUCGGCCACCGGAUCCCGCAAGGCAUCGUGUGGCAGUACCGGCAGCGUGACCAAUGCCGACGAAGCUGGCAACGCGAGCAGCGACCUGGUGCCCGUAUCGAAGCUGCUCGACAACGCAACGAACCCCGCGCUGGAAAGCUACUUCAGCCGACCCGAGGUGCAGGUGCCACUGUCGCAGGAUCACAGCGAUGAGGAGGGCCUGGUGGCGUCCGGGUCCGCGUCCGAGAGCAACAACUCCGGCACGGACGACCCGAACCCGUCGGCGGUGGCCCUGGCGCACCAGGAGCAGAAGAAGAAGUCGGCCUACAGCCUGGCGCCGAACCGGGUCAGCUGCCCGUACUGCCAGCGCAUGUUCCCGUGGUCGAGCUCGCUGCGCCGGCACAUCCUCACGCACACCGGCCAGAAGCCGUUCAAGUGCUCCCAGUGCACGCUGCUCUUCACGACCAAGUCGAACUGCGACCGGCAUCUGCUGCGCAAGCACGGUGACGUUGAGUCGGCCGUCUCCAUACCGGUGCCGAUCGACGAUCUGCUCGAUCCGAAACCGGAACCGAUCCCGGUGGCGGUGGCCGAAGCGAUGUGCAAGAUGAUAACCGGCAAGGGCAGCCGGUCCGGUGCUCCUUCUUCGUCGGCCAGGACAGAGUCACAGCAGCAGCAGCAGCAGCAGCAGCAACAACAGCCUCAGGCACUUCCGGUGGGCUCCGCAGACGAAGACGACGAACCGCGGGCUGACGCUUCUAGCGAGGAGGCAAAAAACGAGCCAAAAAACGAAGGCAGUGGAAGGCGGGGCAGCAGCGUGGUGUCGGGCGAUGCUGAGCUACCGCCAAAGUUUGCGGGCGACAAAAAGAAUGGCAGUGAGGGAGUGCAGCAGCAGGUGGCCGCGCUCCGGGAAUCCGAGCAGCUGAAGGAAAAUGGCGACGGCGAAGCGGAACCUGCCCGGCACCACCACCAGCCGGACCAGGAAGACGAGUCCGACGGUGCCGCCCGGGAUACGGCGAUGGAGGAGGAAGACGAGGGCAAGGAGGAUGGCCGGUUAUCGGCGACGGGUGGCUUCUCCGAUCUGCCGUACAAGUGCCACCUGUGCGAUGUGUCCACCGCCGAGCGUGUGUCCUGCCUGGAGCACAUCAAGCAGGUGCACCCGCAGGAGUUCACCACGCUGAUGGCGAAGGUGUCGCUAGAGACUGCGUCCGCGUCGGCGACCGAGAGCGAGGCGCACACCGGCUCCCCGGACGACGACGAGAGUGGCACCAACAACAACAACAAUAACAACAACAACAACAAUAAUAACAACAACGGUGGCAAGUAUCUCGACUAUGCCAAUCGGAAGGUUAUCUGCGCAUUCUGUGUGCGUCGCUUCUGGUCGGCGGAAGACCUGAGACGGCAUAUGCGGACGCACUCCGGCGAGCGCCCGUUCCAGUGCGACGUCUGCGACCGGCGCUUCACCCUCAAGCACAGCAUGCUGCGCCACCGGAAGAAGCACUCGACCGGGGGCGGCGGCGGCGGCGGCGGCAGUAAUGGAAAUGCCUCCCCCGCCUCCUCCUCCUCGUAUUCGUCCGGGCGGCGCCCUAGUGCGGCGGGCCGUCGCACCAACAGCCACCAGCAGCCGGACGUCCGCAGAGGGCAGUCGAACGGGCAUGACGAUCCGAACAACAGCGGCACCGAUCUUACCGACGACGACGAGUAUGAAGACGCGGAGUGCUCCAGUCCACCAAUGUCUAACCACAGCCACCACCAGCAGCAGCAGCCGUACGACUAUAACCACCAUCUCCACGACACCGCUGCGGAGAUCCACACGGCGUCAGCAGCAGCAGCAGCAGCAUCAGCCCCCAUUAUUGGAGGCAAGCGCUACCAUUCUCACUUCCAGCAGCCGCAGCAGCACUCGGAGCUGAUCGGCAACCUGCUCGGCAUCAGCGACCAGGGCAUCCUGAGCCGGGUGCUGUUGUCGUCCGCGUCCGAAGCUGCCAAGCUGCUCGGUGUGGACAAGUGAGACGCGGCUUGCUUGUUUGUUUUUUUUUUUGCUUUCUUUGUGUACAUUACAUUCCUUAUCGUUAAGCUUAGUAUGUAAGACACACACGGUG